AUGCCCCGACCCAAGCUCUACAAUACUCCGGAAGAACGUCAAGAGGCCAAACGAAUGCACAAACGUGCUUACUAUGCACGUAAUAAGUCCACGAUUAGUGCUAAGAUGAAAGAUAAAUAUCUGGCUCGGGUAGACAGGGACAACACAAAUCCCCACAAGACUUCAUCCAAUAUCAUGGACAAGACUUCAUCAGAUGCGCUGAAAUCACUCAGGAAAAAAUUGCAAGGUCCCUUGCGAAAAUAUCUCGGAGGCGAGCCUCGAGAGGUUAUCAACAAGCUCUUGCUCGAUUACCUGGCAACUGGUGUGUCCGACAGGAUUCGUUCAGCUAUUGGAGUUGUCCAAGACAUAUUCAGCGAGCUACAGGAUGCUGAAGAUGACUUAUCACAGCAGGGGAAGAGCGGUAUAGGGUACACUAGUGCUUGUCAAGCCACGAAGGAUGCUAAGGAUAUGCUGUUGGCAUUGGAAGAUGUCUUAUCCUUUAUUUUGGUGAAUGGCAUAAAAUUGGAGGAGUUGUACAUGCCUGAUGCCAACCGCCCCAAACUGUACUAUGCAGUACAGCCUAAACCGUCCACGAAAAAGAAGGUGGUUCAAACCAUUGCUGGUUUCAUGGCUUAUUUGCCAAACAUUACCAUUCUUUCAACCGCCCCAAACUGUAAUAUAGUACAACCUAAACUUUCUACGAAAAAGAAGGUGGUUCAAGCCAUUGCUGGUUUCAUCAAGUUACAGCAUGCUACCCAUACUGACAUUGUGUACGGCUUCUCGAAGAUGGCCCCUCCCAAAUGGACAUCUGAUGAACAAGAGGAAUGGCUCAAACCAUACUAUGAAGCGUUCCUCGUGAAGCAAAGUGAAAAGUGUGGUAAUUAUAGGAACUUUUUUGCGGACCUUUAUGAAAACUGGUUUGAGGCCUCUCCCGAGCCGAGGCCGACUGGGGUCACAGCAUUAGGGCCUAUGACGUUGGAGGAGCUUAAUGAAAUGAAAUUAGCAGAAGACGCCCAAAAAGUGAAAUUGCACAAUCAGUUCAAAAAUAACUUUGGGGCAACAAAGGCUGGAAGAAAGGCAAAAGCCCACAAGCCCCUUCAGUGA